GGUGGCGGUAAUGGUAUGUUGUUUGUGACACAACACAAGACAGAAGAAGACGGAUCAUCUUCAUCCGCUGGUUGAGGUUUAUCAGACGUGUGCUUGCUGAAAAAUGGCCGCGGAGAGGCAGAAUCAUGAGGUGAAAAUAUCGACAAUGGAGGAAAAUAAAGAGAACAGCAUCGACGGAAGUCUUGGCCUGGAGAUUCUGCAGAUCAUUAAGGACUCUCAGCAACAGCAUGGACUCAGGCAUGGAGAUUACCAGCGCUACAGGGGUUAUUGCUCUCGACGACUGCGUCGAUUGAGAAAGACUCUGGGCUUUAAAAUGGGCAAUAGACACAAGUUUACUGGAAAGAAAGUGACUGUAGAGAUGCUUUCAGACAACAGACAUCUCUUGUUAGUGCUAAUGGAAGCGGAAAGAGCAUGGAGUUAUGCCAUGCAGCUGAAACAGGAAGCUAACACUGAGCCCCGAAAGCGUUUUCACCUGUUGGCUCGCCUGCGAAAGGCCGCCAAACAUGGGGAGAAGCUGGAGAAGCUGUGUGAAAGUCCUCGUGUGGACGCAAAGACCAAACUUGAGGCUCAGGCUUAUACUGCUUAUCUUACUGGAAUGGUUCAGUUUGAGCUGCAGGAAUGGAAAUCUGCAAUGGAGGCCUUUAACAAGUGCAAGUCAGUGCUUUCUUUUAUUCUCAUUUAUUUAUUGCUAUGCAUUUGUUGCACUUUGCAGACACCAUUACUGGUAGUAUUGUAUGAAUGUGUCUACUUUUUGGCAAGGUUGUAA